GAAAUUGAACCAUCUACUUGAUUGGGUGACUUGAUCAAAAUGCCCGACUUAGAAGAAUCUUAUGCUUCUUAUAUUCAUCCAGAAACAACAGAAUUAGGUCUCUAUAAACUCACAAACACACCGUGGAUUGCAAAAAAUACUCGGUCCACUCCCAUAGAACCUUCAGACAUCAAUUAUGACGAUCUAACCAGCGUUACCAUUGGACCUACCUCCAAUCCUAUCCGUGUAACCUGGCCCCUCGCAGUCUUCUGUUUGAACUCUCUUUUUUUCCGCAGCAUAUUCAUGCCCGACACACCGACAGUGCCAGAUACCACACCUCCUUACAUCCGUGCUCUCCGUCAAGAACACCAACGCGCAAAUAAUAUCCCAUUUCCCUGCACCACACCGGCUCAAACCGACGCUUUCUCCAUCUUCGUAUCGUGGAACACAACUAAUGAGCUGAAAUCUUCGGCAAAAUUUGUUGGCAUCACUAGUGUUGACGUUUUCGAGCGCAUUAAACAAUACAAUAGGCUUUGGGAUCAGCUGAUUGAGUGCUACAAACUUUCUCAAUUUCUAAUCGCGCCUAAAUUCGCUAAUAAAAUUAUCGACACGAUGAUAUGCGCUCUGAGAGAAGAAUGCGGAUGGCAAACCCAUCGAAGACAACUAGAAGACGAAAAGGACGAGAAUAUUCUCGCAACUCCAGGAACCGCAGAAUACAACGCAUUAAUUGAUCGAUUAUCCCAACUCACAACUGAAGGAAACGACAAUAUAUUUAACCAAAUACAAACAUCAACCACCCCGCACAUAGUAGAACAAAACAAUACCCCCAAUCGAAAAACUAAACUCCUUCCCCCGGAUUCGAGAAAUAUUCUCGGUGGCUCGCCCGCUCAAAUCUCUUUUCUGUAUGCUUCUACAAAUCCUAAUUCGCCGUUGCGGAAAAUGCUCGUUCAGAUGAUCAUCAACUAUUCUGCCCGCUAUCCCAAAUACUACGCUCAACCUUCCAGCUUCAGUACUCUGAUCGCAGGUGCGGAGCCCGGUACGCAGGGGGAACUCGCGGUCCCGAUGGAAUUUAUGAUUGAUUUACUGGGUGCGUACGCGAAGCUGGGAAAAGAGGCGAGGGAUCGAGGAUGGAGAGAAAUGUAUAUGGGAUGUGUGUUUCAUGAACAUAAGGAUGAUGAUGAGAUGAUGAAUUGUCAAGUGCAGAGUGCGAGGGAGAGGAAGAAUGCGGAGGGAGGAGCAGAUGUGACGAUCUCUUCGGCGGUGGGAUAUUCGAUGGGUUGAUGAGGCUGGGAUGGUUUUUGGCUGUUGAUGUGAUGGUUGCGGUUAUGGGGGA